AUUGUGAAGCUGUUGCUUCGCCACGGUGGGAAUCCAUUUCAAGCCAAUAAGCAUGGGGAGAGGCCCGUGGAUGUGGCUGAAACAGAAGAGCUGGAAAUGCUGCUGAAAAGGGAGGUGCCCAUCUCUGACGACGAGGAGAGUUGCUCAGAUUCUGAAGAACCUCCAUCUGUAAAUCCUUCCAGUGUAGAGGGGAAUGUUGAUUCAGAAGUAGAAAAGGACUCUGUGGCCAACGACAGGAAACAAACAGUCCCCAGUAAGGCACCACCUCCAUCUGCUCUGGAUGAGUAUGAGUUUAAAGAUGAUGAUGAAGAUGAAAUGAAAAAAAUGAUUGAUGACAAACAUAUUCUUAGAAAAGACCUAAGGAAAGAGGAGGAGGCUGAAGGUGAAAAGAACAGCCUGUUUGUGAAACAAGAGAAAGUUGUCUUUUCAAAAUCAUUCAAAAGCAAAAAGCAGAAAUCAUCUAGAGUUCUCUAUUCAAGUUCUGAAAGUUCAGAUGAAGAAAUACUUCAGGACAAGAAGAUAGUCUCUCCUUGCUCUGUUUCAGAGACCUCCAAUUCUGAUGUCAGAGUGAAAAAAGAAUACAUGGUUACAAAUGAACACAAGCAAAAAGGCAAAGUUAAAAGGAAGGUAAAAAAUCAGAGCAAAAACAAAGAGAAUCAAGAAUUAAAGCAAGAAAAAGAAAAUGCCAGAGUAACAAACAUAGCUACUUCAGCAUUAGAUUCUUUAGAUAAAACUAGGGAGGAAGAAACCUUUAAGAAGUCUUUCACCCCAAAAGAAGACUCUUCUUUACAUCUAUUUCAUAUUGCUGCUGGCAAAUCUCCAAAGCACCCCUGUGGAUUGAGUGAAAAACAGUCAACACCUCUAAAGCAAGAAAACACCAAAACCUGCUUAUCACCAGGAGGUUCUGAAGUCACUCUGCCCUCCGAGCUAGUCCACUAUGAUCACAACCCUGACUCUGAAUAUCUAGUGGAGAGUUCUAGUGGCAAGUCUUGCAAGCACAAAGAAAAAAGCAAACAUCAUCAGAAAGAUUUUCCCCUGGAAUUCGGGGAAAAAUCUAGUCCUAAAAUGAAAGAGGAAGAGAACAGCUCAACGUUGGAGAAUUCGGAGUGUACUCUGAGAAAGAUUGACAAGGAUGGGAAAACACUCAAAAAGCAUAAAUUAAGGCACAAAGAAAGAGAAAAGGACAAGCACAGAAAGGAGCAGGACGGGGAGAAGGAAAAGCAUAAACAUAAAGAGAGUGUUAAAGAGGUUCAAAGGAGUAUUGAGUUUGACAGAGAAUUUUGGAAAGAGAACUUCUUCAAAAGUGAUGAAAAUGAAGAUGCGUUGUUAAAUGCAGAACAGGAAUCUCUCUCUUCAGACAGAAAAUCAAAGCUAGAAAAAGGUGUGGCAAAAGAAGAUAAGUUAGUUAAGGAGAGACAGUUCCAGAAAGAGAGGAAUGCUAAAGAGGAGAGGGAGAAGAACAAAAAGGAUAAUGAGAAGUUUCUCAAGGAGGAAAAAACAAAAGACACGAAAGAAGAAAAAGAAAUGAUGCUUGCAGAUAAAGAAGUGGAAUUGUUCUGCUUUGGUGCUAAAGAUGAUGCAGCCAGUGUGCAUUUAAUAGAGAAAGAAACAGAUGCUGAGAAGCAGGAAAAGAAUGUCAAGGAAAAUAAAGAAAAGACUGAAAAGCGAACCUUGGCCAAAGAAAAAGAUGCUGAAAAGACAGAAAGAAAAAAUGGAGAAAAGGAGAAGAAGGUAAAGCUUGAAUACAAGGCAGAGAAAGAAAAAGCAGAAGUAAAUGAAAAUACAGAGAGAGUAAAGGAGAAACCCAGUCCCCAGCAAGCAGAGAGAUGCCAUAAGGAAAAUGAGAAGAUAAAAAGCACGAGUGCUCUUAAAAAACCUGAUGACAAAGAAAGAAAUAAAGAGAAACCUGAUAAGAAGCACGAUAAAGAAAAGGCUGAUAGACACUGGGCUGAAAGCAAAGAAAAACACUGCACUGAAAGAAAAGUCAAACAGGCUGAAAAGGAACCCGAGUACACAAAACCAGAAAAAAACAGAACUAAAGAGAAAGAACUUGAAAAAAAAGACAAAUCCAAAGACAAGGAGACGUCAGCAUCAGCAAACUCCAAGCACACGCAGGAGGAGAAGAGGUGUGGAGCUGCAGAAGGCAACAGGACAGCACAUGAGAAACUUUCCUCAAAAGAGAAACCAAAAGAUGAUUUGUUGAGAACUCCAGAUGGCAGAGAGAAGGAUAAAAAAGAUAAAGAUAUAGACCGAUACAAAGAGAGAGACAAGCACAAAGACAAGCUGCAUCAAAGCAGUUUGCUUAAACUGAAACUGGAACAGGAGAAACUUAAGCCUAAACCUGCUCCUGCCCCAAAGGAUGCUCGGCCGAAAGAGAAGAGAUUAGUCAACGAUGAUUUAAUGCAAACGAGUUUUGAAAGAAUGCUCAGCCUUAAGGAUCUGGAAAUAGAGCAGUGGCAUAGAAAACACAAAGAAAAAAUAAAACAGAAAGAGAAGGAGCGUUUAAGAAACCGUGCUUGUGUGGAACUGAACAAGGGGAAAGAAAAACCAAAACACCCGUUAGCCGAAGUCAAAAGCAAAGAGCUGACUCGUUCAAAAAGCUCAGAGCUGCCAGAUGGUUGUGUGAAGGAAAAGCAGCUGAAGGAUGCCACAAGUCAUAGAUCACAGUCAGUAGAUACGAGAGGUGUCAGUGCCAUGAAGCCUUCCUUGGGUUCAGACAGAUCCCCCCGAUCAGAGGGGGACAAAGCAGCUCUGAGCUCCAGGUCCGUGUUGGUGGUUUCAGCUGCCAGCUCCGAGGAUCCGUCUCACACCACAGUAGCUACUCCAAGGCCUGUGAUGGAGUAUGACUCGGACUUCGUGCCAGAAGGUUCCGAUUCCCAAACCCCCAGCUCCCAGUCACCGUUUUUGGCGAGUGCCAAAUCACCAGCCCUCCUUGAGAAGGAGCCCGACGGCCUGGCCGAGCCGCCCGAGCGCCUCAAGGCGCCUUUCGCCGGCAGGGGCCCGCCCACCUACGUCAGGUCGGUGCCUGUGGAGGAUGCCAAGCUGGUUUUGAGUGAGUGUAGGCCUGUCGUAGAGGUGCGAAGGUGCAGCGUGCCUGCUGCUGUCCCUGACCUCAGCAAGCAGCCACGAGUGUCAGAAGAAGAGCCUCAGAACGCUCUGCUGCCUGCUCAGACUUGCACCAGCGCCUCUCCUAGGCCAGAGCUACCGUGUGGCACGCUCCAGAGGGAGUUUCAAGGUAAUUUGUCUGCUCUGCAGUCAAACUUCACAUCCCCUCCAACUGGAGCUGUUGGCAACAAGCAGGUGACGAUGGGUCCAGGCAGCAUGAAAACCAGCUCCCAGGUGAGCCCCUCAGAAGACUCUACGAUGCGUUCGGAGCUGUGCGGUCAGAGCUGUGUGAAUCAGCAACCCAGCCCUUGGGAUGUGCCUUUGGACAGACUCCCUGCAUUAACCAAGGAGUUCAGCAGCUCAGGUUGUGCUGGGCCAGAGCAGGAUCCUAACGGUGUUACAGCAAUGCCUUGUUCUGAAAACAGGACAGUGAAAGAGCAACAGGUAUCUGAAUUUUUGCCUCAGCACGCUGACAUGAAGGGGAGUUCCAGUUUUCAGGAAUCUGCAUCAUUUUUGCCUUCACAGUCGCCUUGUUCUUUACCUAUCCAGUCACUGCCAGAUGUGUCCAAACACAUUUCUUUACCAGGCAUUAGCAGUCAAGAUUCAUCAUUCACCCAACAACAAAAUCUAGGUCAAGCUACAACUUCUGCCUUGGAUACAGAUGCUACUAGUACCAGAGAGCUGGGAAAUGCUUUCUUCCCUUCAAGCAUGAAGAAGGCUGAGCCACCCCUGGGCCUAUAUUCUGAGAGCUCUGUGAAGGAUGUCUCCCAGAGCUGUGAAAGGGGGAAUGAUUUACCUACAGCACCACUAGAGAAAGAUGCUCCUGAAAGUGAGAGUGGUUUGCAAUUAAAUGUAAAUUCAUACACAUUGGGCAAAGUUGUUUGUAAGGGCACUCAGGUCGAAGUGGAUGGUAGCACAGCAGAUGCAUCAGAGGUUAGAAGUGAAAAAGGCCACCUAGAAAAGUCAGUUUUGGUGCACAUUGUUGAUAGUAAGGCUGACCCUGAGCUCUGUGAACUAAGUUCAGGAGUGUCAAAGGGAAUUAUGAACGACUCAGCCAGUAAGAAGCCCUGCCCUGCAGACAGAGAGAACGUGCUGGUGGAUGAUCCACCACAGUACUCCUCCUCAGCUAAUCCGGAGAAUAGUUCACCACAGAUGACCCAGGAAGAGGUGCAUAAAUUAGAAGAAGAAAUCGCUGAGGAUCAGAAGGUGGAACAGCAGGAGGUACCUCAGAGGAUCACGAGGAACAGAGCGAAUUUGCUGGCUAGCCAGGGGAAGCAGAAUCCUCUGGGCUGCACCCAGGCAGCAGAAAGAGAGGCGGAGCCCUCGGCGGCGCUGCGGGCGCGGAUCCGGCUGACCGAGGAGGAGGAUGCCCAGGCCCACCACCCGCGCAAGAGGAAAGUGUCCCGCGUGCCUCAGCCCGUGCAGGCCAACCCCUCCCUGCUGCAGGCCAAGGAGAGGACCCAGCAGUCCCUGGCAGCCCUGGUGGAUUCUCUGAAACUGGAAGAGAUUCAGCCGUACAGCUCGGAGAGAGCCAACCCCUACUUUGAGUACCUGCACAUCAGGAAGAAGAUCGAGGAGAAGCGGAAGCUGCUGUGCAGUGUCAUUCCUCAGGCACCUCAGUACUACGACGAGUACGUGACCUUCAACGGCUCCUACCUGCUGGAUGGCAACCCCCUCAGCAAGAUCUGCAUCCCAACUAUUACACCACCUCCCUCACUGUCAGACCCACUCAAGGAGCUAUUUAAACAACAAGAGGUUGUAAGGAUGAAACUACGUUUACAGCACAGUAUUGAAAGGGAGAAGCUCAUUGUUUCUAAUGAGCAGGAAGUCCUGCGUGUUCACUACCGAGCAGCAAGGACCCUGGCCAAUCAAACACUGCCCUUCAGUGCCUGCACUGUCCUCCUGGAUGCUGAGGUCUACAACGUGCCUCUGGAUGCUCAGGCUGAUGACAGCAAAACGUCGGUGAGGGAUCGGUUCAACGCCAGACAGUUCAUGUCAUGGCUGCAGGACGUGGAUGAUAAGUUUGACAAAUUAAAGACGUGCCUUUUGAUGAGGCAGCAGCACGAAGCAGCGGCUUUAAACGCGGUGCAGAGACUGGAGUGGCAGCUGAAGCUCCAGGAGCUCGAUCCUGCCACGUACAAAUCCAUCAGCAUCUAUGAAAUCCAGGAGUUCUACGUGCCCCUCGUCGACGUGAACGACGACUUUGAGCUGACACCCAUCUGACAACAAACAUCUUCUGGCUCAGCCCUUGCCCUGGAUGACUAGAGGGGGUUGAGAGACAAAGGUGGUUUGCUUUUCAGACAGAGCACUUAAUUCCAUGG